AAAUUUAUGUUACGUCACGGUCAGUUUAAAAGCGCCGCAUGUUAGCUUGGAUGCCCUGUGUUCCACGGAGACUCAGUUUCACACUUUCAUUGAGCUCAGUAAAGCGCUUUCUAAACUUUUAAACUUUUAUAUCAAGAUUCUUAAUCGGUAAUCCUCGCGGUCCUUAUUGUUUCUUGGCCGCACGGCCGGGUGGCUCUCAUUCGACGAGCAAAGCGGUAAGAGGGUGUUGAAAUAUUUGGAGAAGAUGACUGACUCGGAUUCUGAGUACACAGACUGUGACGAUGAUUCCAUUACAGAGAUUGAGAUUACAACUAAGGGGAUGGGAAAUGAUCCUGCAACCACCACAGCCUACCCUGCAGUUAUUGUUUUUGCACAAUGGGACUGCAUUCCCAUCGAUAUCAGGAAGGAGGCAGCACACCUGAUGAGGCUCCACAACGUCUGGGUUCACAUUCUGCUACGAAGUGACAGCCCCCACAAUGCUGUCACUUGGGCCAAAGGUCUAGGUUUCAUCGAUCCAUUGGACCCUGGCCAUUUCAAUCUGAGGAACCUACUCAAGAUCGAAUCCCUGGAAGCUAUCUUCAGAGCUGUGGAGAUAGGAACUAUUAAAAAGGACUUCACGAAAGAUCUCAUCUUGAUAAGUACCAGGUUUAGUGAGCAAUGCCCAGGUGCCUUCGAGGAAGCUCUGGAAUGGUUAGCGUCGACGGGAGAGCCUGACAUCCGAGCUCAUGUCAUGCAUCUGGGUCAUGUCCACAUUUGCUACACAGCCUUGCUCUUCAUCUUCAAAGAGUAUGCCCAUUUGAUCUUCCGAAUGGCAAAAAACCUGGAGCGGACCAUGGCAGAGUUGCGAACCAAGCCUCCCGAGGCCUUCCUUGCGGCUAGUGAUGACCUCAAGAAGCAAGGAAAUGAUCUGUUUCAGAAGCACAAGUAUGAAGAAGCAGUGGACAUUUAUUCCAAAGCCAUCAGAUGUUGCCCUGAAAACUACGUCGUCUUUGCUAACCGGGCGCUUUGUUACAUCCGCUGUAAGAAAUACCUAGAAGCUGCUUUCGAUGGAAAACGAGCUGUUCUGAUAGAACCGCUCUGGGCAAAGGGUCAUUACCGCUACUGCGAGGCCCUGUUCCUGUUGGGUGAGGUCAACAUGGCCAUCACAGCCAACAAGUCAGCUCAGAGUCUGUGCAAGAAUGACUACGAGGGAGUCAAAGACCUGGCGCAGCAGCAUCAGAAGUUCAUGAGUGAAACAAUGGGCAACAAAGCGGGACCACCAAAGAAAAGUGGAGGUUCAAGUAAAGCAGAGUCCAUUAAAUCAAAUGCAGGGGAACCACAGCAGCCAGUGAAGGGAAAAGGAGGUGGGAGUAGUAGUAAUAAGACAAAGGUGACAGAUCAAAUGAACAAGGAGAACCACCAAGUUAAAGAGGCUACAGUACCACCAGUUGCCACUAAAGAGUCCAGCAUAGCAAAAAAGGUGACUGCACCGCCAGCCGGCGCAGAUAAAGAACACAGCUUGGCAAAAAAGAUGACUGCACCACCGGCUGCUGCGGCUUUGGCACCCAGCACACCAAAAAAAGUGAUGGCACCGCCGGCUGCUGCGACUAAAGCACCGAGCACACCAAAAAAGAUGAUGGCACCGCCAGCUGCGGCUAAAGCACCAAGCACCCCAAAAAAGAUAACGGCAAGCGCCACAACUAAAGAGCCCAGCACUCCAAAAAAGACAGCACCGCAAGAGCCUGGAACUCCCAAGAAGAAACCCAAGAGCAGAGAGACUCAACCCAACCAACAGCAGCCAGUGGUAAAUAAAGCUGCAAUGUGCAAAGAGUUGAGAUCUCUUGUGCAUGACGCCCACACUGCCCUGAGCAACCUGUGCAGCUACAACGCCGAGCAAGGCUUUGGCCAGGCGCUGGCCCUACUGGACACCAACUCACACAAGGACCUUGGUCUUUCAGCGUUGGAUGUGCAGCUGUUGCUGUAUGGCCGUGUGUCAGCCCUGACAGAAAUUGGCAAGACUGAGGAACUUGCAGAAGCACGACGGCUCUUGGAGAAGAUUAAAUCCUAUGAGGAGAGGAUUUUUCAGUGUUUGGUUUACUACGCCCACGGGAGGCUUUAUCUCAAAGAGAACAGAUUUGAUGUUGCUCAGGAAUACUUUGAGGAUUCUCUGCAGAUGGUGAAGAAUCGCAUAACCCCGGGUAUUCUCACCUGGCCUUUAACCAAAGAGAUUGUUAAAGAAACCCAGCCGGAACCUUUUAAUAAAAUGUUGGAGGAUUCUAUAGCUUUAUGCAAAUUUCCCCCUAUGCCCGAUGCCACUUGUCGACUUGGGAAAUGCCUCGGCUCGUGCAAGAAUAUUUACUUCACUGACCCGGAUUUUAAAGGCUUCAUUCAGAUAAAGUGCAGCCAGCAGUGCCUGAUAGAAUACCACAGUGCUUGCUGGAAGACGCUUAAGACCUCAUCGCCCUUUGAAAAGACUGAUAAGGAUUUUCUGGAACAACCAUGUCUGACUCCAGACUGCUUUGGUAAAAUCUGUAGCAUCAAAAUCAUUGACCCAACAGGCCUGGUCAAAUGUAAGUUUGAAAAUGACAUUGCAAAGCCGCAGACGCAGAGGAAACCAAAAGUGAAUCAGAAGUCUUGUACUCGAGUGAAGAACUUGAAGUCAAAGGAGGAAGGUCACCUGAAGACAAAGAAUAAUCAUAAUAAGCUGACUUCUGAAGAGAAGCUGACUAUUGGUGAAGAGAUUCUACCGGCCAAAAACAAGUCCGUAGCACAGAGCCAGCAACAAGCUUGGUUGCUGUACCGGGAUAGAGUACUCCUACAGAUCAGUCAGAUGAUGCAGCUGCUCCGCCAGGAAAAAGGCCUCUCCGUGUCGGCCCUGAGCACCUGCCUAAAGCCCUGGCUGGAACUGGACUCUGUACGGGGGAACCAGCUGGCCGGGAAGAUCCUGAACUGGGAGCAGGAGAAGGUGGAGACGCUUGAUCAAGCUGUGGCGCUGUUGCUGGAGAGGAAGAAUCGUGUUUGGGCUCGUGUCUUCAUCCAACUGCUGUCCAACUCUUUGGAUAUAAGCGUGGACCUCAGUCACUGGGCGGGCCGGCUCAACGAUGCGGAUCUGAAUGCCGCAAAAUCCUUCAUUGAGCGCAACGCAGGCUACCUGGAAGAGCUAGACCUGACUUUGCUGUUGAGUUUUGCUCCACUGCAGGAGAUGAUUUCUGAGAGGAUUGUCACAAACCCAGAAUUUACUUCAAACAAGGGCCUCAAUAAAUACAUGAGACGGGCAGCACCACAUGAGAUGAGACUCUUUAUAUGGACUCUGGAGGAGCAUAAGGACCUUUAUGUCUCUUGUAACAUUUUACUGGAUGAAUAUUUUGAUAUGAUUGAUGGACACUGUUCAGUUCUUAAAAAGUCUGAUCAAAAUCUAAGUAGUUUUCCUAUGGGUGUAAAGAGUCGAGGCCGGAAGAAGAAGAAAGAGCAAAAGGGUCUUCCUGUUUGGUCCGGGUGGCAAAGUUUAGUGCCAACAGACCAGUGGGACCAAGAAGAUCCGAUAUACUACCUCGACCCAAGCGAACCUUUCAGCAUUCCCAGACACCUCCAAGCGCAGGUGGCCGAGUUUGAGGACCAGUAUAGCGGCCCCAGACACAAGAGGGAUUUCAAAAAGCUUCUGGACAACAAUCCUGAUCCCACUGAAGAAAAUAUGUAUGACUACUUUGCACAAAUUCUGGAAGCACACGGCCCCCUCCCCGCUGACGAUCCCCUGCUGCUUGAGGAGAUGGAAAACUUCCCACCGAUGGCUCAUGCAAAGAUUGACAAGGCGGGCGGUUUUGAGCCCUUCUUUUUGGAGUCCCUUCGCUUCAUAAAGAUGGGGAGUCGUAUCGGCCUAGCCAAGCAUGCCGUCAGCCUGCAGCAGCAGCAGCAUCAACGGCACCUACCGGAGGCUCUGAAUAUAUUUUCAUCAACUCAGACUUCGGCACCACAUCCUUAUGACGUUGACCCUUUCCCAACUCGCCAUUUACCUGUUGAUAUGGAUGACCUCUUCCCCCUCGUCGGUAGAGGCCAUGUUAGUAGCUGGGAUGAUGCCAAGCUCUCCCCCAACGACUUUGACUGCCUGGAUCUUUAUACGACUGAAGUGGACGAUUCCUGGGAAACAUAUUCCUGUUCAAGUGGAUUAAAUUUGACUCCGACUGAGGAGGUCAUUUUGAAGCAACAUUCUGAAACACAGACUUGUCCGGUGACUAAGGACAGUGUGGCGAUAAAUACAGAGCCUUUGGAACGUUAUGAGAGCUGCCAUGGUGAUCUCAACAAAAAGGCCAAGAUCAUUAAGGAAAUGAAGGAGAAAAUGGAUAAAAUGGCAAAUGACCAUGAAGAAGUUGACCAGAGGCACAAGGAGUGCCUGUCAGCCUUGCAGAGCGAGAUCCAAGAGAUCACUACCAACAUACAGGUUACGGACAAAGAGUUGACCCUGUUCCAGCAGAAGCUGGAAGAGGAGAUCAAGAAGGACCAGAAGGAGAAGAAGGCCAACCAGGAGGUGCUGAAGGCACUCAAGCUUGAGAUAGAUCAGCUGGUGGAGGAGCAAGCCAGUCUAACCAAAAACAUCAGAAAGAAGAAGGCCAGCUAUGAGGAGGAGCUAAACGCGUUCUGCGAGCUGAGCAAUCAGUUGGCAGCAGAGAAGAUGAGUCUGGAGGAUGAGGUCAAGCGCCGCAAAGCCUCGGUUGCCGCGGCGGCCAAGAGGUCCCACACCGCUCAGUUGUCCAUCUUGGAGAGCGGCCGGGAUCAGCGUCUGCACAGCCUUCACAGUCAGCGGGCAAACGCCAAGGUGCUGCUGGCCAAGCUGGAUGAAAAUGUACAGCGAUUUCCAUCCCUGGAAGUGAGCAGACAAAACUGGCGAACCAACAUGCAAGAGCUGGAAAAGAAAAUCGCCACAGUUGAGACUCAGUACAAGGAGCAAAUGGAGCAAGUAAAAUCUGGCAAAAGGGUUAAAGAUGUGCUCAGUAACACCAGUCAGCCUGAUCCCCAAGUCUCUCUGCUUUCAUCUGAUAUGGCUGGCCUUAGAAUGGCACCCACCCCUCCCCCUACUGACACUCAACACCUGGCCAGACCCGUUCCACCUGCAAGUAACACAGUGUUCGACAAGGCCAUGGAGCGCCUGGCCACCAUCUUCCCCAACUACACCAGGCCGGAUUUAAUGAGGUUUUUUAAGGAGUUGCGUUCAUCCAAUGGUGGCAGUCUUAGCAGCAUGGGCUUACAGGAUGUGGUCAGUGGAGUGAGCCAGCUGAUCCUGAAACAUCAGGAGAAGCUCAGAGCUGGCGCCACAUCCAAGACAACAGAGCAAGGAAGUUCUGCAAUGCCCCCUCCGGUGGACUCAACCUCAGUGUGGCAGCGGGGCCAGAACCAAAAACCACAGGACACCUUUGCGCUGAACUUGGACGACCCUUGUAUCAUCUGCCAUGAAGAAAUGAACCAGCUGGACCACUGUGUCUUGGAGUGCAGACACACCUUCCAUAAGAAGUGCAUCACAUCGUGGCUGAAGGAAAAUAGUAGCUGUCCCACAUGCAGGAAGCGAACCUUGAUGAGUGACUUCCCCUUGCUGAUUGGUAGGAGGCGCCAAGCACCGUGAUGACUUUUUUUUUUUUUUUUUAUUUUAUGUUCUAGUGCAGGGGUCAGCAACCCGCGGCUCCAGAGCCGCAUGUGGCUCUCCAGCCUCUUUGUUGCGGCUCCCUUUGCAAUGCUUGAAUAUUUUUUAGCACCCGUGUGGUGAAAAUGCACGUCUUUGUUAUGAGUUUACAAAAAUCCAACUUUGUGUGAGACCAUGAAUGCAUCCUGACUGAGUUCUGACUGGUGACUGAAUGAGCAGACAGGAUGCUAUCCAGUUCUCUCUGACAGGUUAACAUGAAGGGAAAUGAGUAAUACUUUGAGUUAUUUGAGUUAUUAAUUAUUAUUAAUGAGUUAUUUGACGAUUCUAAAAAAUAAAUUAGAGCUCAUUUAAAAACAAAAGUUUAUCUCCAGUACUAGCAAGAGUACUCCAACUCGUCUUUUUUUUUCCCCUCCAAUGUUGUUUUAAACAUACAACGUUUUGCGGCUCCAGGCUAUUUUUCUUUAGUGGGCAAGUGGGUGAAAUGGCUCUUUUCAUAGUAAAGGU